AAUAUCUGUAAGACACCACGUUUGAUGCCGCAAAUCCACAGUGCUUGCGAUUGGAGCUUUUGGAGUUCUGCUACCCUCAAAUUCUCUCUCUCUGUACACUGGAGUGUGUACUCAUCGAAGAAGACGACGCCUCGGCAGUGGGCGACUUAGCCCGCAUCAUUUUCUCCGUAUAUGCUAUUUCUGCUCAACUAAAUGACGCGGAUUGUUGACAGAAAUGAUACAAAGUCUGUCAUUAAGUACUUUAACAGUAUCUAGAAACUGUGGGAUUUGUGAAUCUAUCCCAUUAUGGGGAAGACGUUUUAAGCUAAUGGGGAAAGCCCAUAGAGUCCUUGGGGCUGAUAAGCAAUGCCCUUUGCAUCAGUUUGUUCCAAGAUUAUACCUUGCUGGCAACCCCAACACGUUAAGCAGGAGAAAUUUAAGAGUUGAAGCAGGAUGGUUGUUCAACCAAGGGGGUGGUAAGCAAGAGUUGGAUGCGAGCUGUGAGCGUAGUGAGAAUGCUAAUGAGGAUAUCUUGAUUUUCUUUUUUCAGCUAGAUUUAGCUACUCGAGUUCAGUAUGCUUUGAAUACAGAGCAGUAUGACAUUGCACAACAAUUGAGAAAAAAGCUCACUGAGGUUGAAGCAGAGGUUAUUCAACAACAGGAAGUGAAAAGGGGAUCAUCGUCAAAAAGUGAAGCUCAAGAUAAGGCUAUAAGUAUGAUACGACUACGUGCAGACCUGCAGAAUGCAAUUGAGAAUGAGAAUUAUGCUAUGGCAGCUCAAUUACGGGAUCAAAUUUCCAAAAUGGAGGCAGAGUCUUUAGCUGCAUCAGCAAAAGCUCUGGCAUAUGAAAAUGCACAGUAUGCUUUUCGUUUAGGACAAAAAGUGACCCAUAAGAUUUUUGGCUAUCGAGCCGUGGUAUGUGGAAUGGAUCCAGUAUGCUGUGAGUCAAGUUCAUGGAUGGAAACUGCGCAGAUUGAAAAGUUGCCUCGGGGUUCUAAUCAGCCAUUUUAUCAGGUCUUGGUGGAUGUACAUGCAGAUCCCAAUCUACUGGUGGCUUAUGUUGCUGAGGACAAUUUGGUGGCCCCUGAACGACCGGAUACGGGUAGGUUCGACCAUCCCUAUGUAUCAUUUUUAUUCUAUGGGGCGGAUACAGCAGGAGAUUUUAUCCCAAUUAAGCAGCUACGCGAAAAGUACAAUAGGCCUCGGCAUGAAGUGCCAAUUGAUCCACCAGAUGAGGACGCUGGAGGUGAUGCUUAAAUAAGAGAGAGUUGGUUUCUUGUCCAUGAAAUUUGGCAGAAUACCUUUAUAUAUAAUGUAGAUCAACAUAGAAUUACCUCCUCAAUCCUUCUCUGCCCCAUUCUUUCUCAGAGUAACACACAGUUCCUUCGAAGAAACUAGUCCUUUUAAAAAAAAAAUUUCUUUGAAAAUUAUCAUAUUUGUAAUUUCCAAAGCACAAUUAUAUAAUUUUAUGGACCAUACGUUAAGUUUAAAUAGUAUUUAUGUAUCGUAUGGAUAAAAUUUAUCCGCA